UCCACCAGCUUUGAGCAGAACCAUUGUAAUUAAGAAUGUGUCCUCAACUAAGGGUGUUGCACAAUGCACAAAGGAAAUACUAAUUAUAAUAGAUAAUUACUGCCUUAUUAUUGUUGAAAAAUGACUCAAACAGCAACCCUCUUUAAGGUUGGUGAGCCUUCAAACCUCAAUAACUACAGGCCAAUUUCAAACCUGUCACCCCUCGCCUGGUUAUUGAUCAAUUGAAGGACUUACAUAGUAAUUUUAUUUUAUCAUGUUAUCAAUCUGGUUUUAGAAAAUCCCACAGUACAGUCACAGCAGCUACAAAAGUUGUAAAUGAUAUUAUUAUGGCCCUAGAUAAAAAACAAUACUGUGCUUCUCUUUUUAUUGAUUUUUCUAAGGCCUUCGAUACUGUGGACCAUGAUGUUAUGAGGCAUAGGUUGUUUAGUAUAGGGUUGUCGGAUUCAGCUGUGGCCUGGUUCUCUAAUUGCCUUUCAGACAGGUCUCAAUGUGUUAAAGUUGAUGGUUGUUCCGCUGAUAUCUCGGCUGUCCAGAAGGGGGUGCCACAAGGCUCCAUCUUAGGUCCACUGUUAUUUACUAUCCAAAUAAAUGAUUUGGGUUAAAGUGUUCAAAAUGCAAAUUUCCAUUUUUAUGCCAAUGACACUGUUAUCUAUUGUUGUGCAGAGACCUUACAAAAGGCCGUGGAGUACUUGAAAGCUGCUUUUAAGGAAACUGAAGCAGCUCCUGCAAUUAAGACUUGUGCUUAAUGCAGAUAAAAUAAAAAUGAUGAUCUUUACUAAAUCAAAAGAAAAAGCCAGCUGUCUUACUGCUGUGCACACAUACCAAGGCGUUCCUAUUGAGAUUGUUACUAAUUUUAAAUACCUGGGCUUCAUUUUAGAUGAUAACUUGUCUUUUAAACCACACAUUGAAAAUUUGGUCAAGAAACUAAAGGUAAGGCUGGGCUUCUAUUUUCAAAAUAAAUCGUGUUUUUCUUUUAUCUCCAAAAAGAAGCUUGUUGCUGCAACGCUUCUGCCGUUGCUAGACUAUGGUGAUGUAUUGUAUAUGCCUGUUCCACUUCACUGCUCAUGAUGGACGCUACUUAUCACGGUGCAUUGAGAUUUAUUACUUGCUGUAAAUCACACACCCAUCACUGUACUCUGUAUGCUAAGUUAGGUUGGGUGUCCUUGUCUGCUCGUAGGCUUCUCCACUGGUACAUCUUUAUCUUUAAAGCAAUCAUUGGACUACUACCUUUACACACAAUCCAUCUUACAGCUUACGACUGUCUAUCUGCCUCAGUUCCCAGAGCUCGCACUGAGUUUGGGAAGAGGGCAUUCAUGUACUCUGCUCCCUCAGCCUGGAACGGACUUCAAAAAACUCUGAAGCUUCAGAGCUUCAUUUCAAUUCAUGAUUUUAAAAACUUGAGUCACAGACUUUUUAAUGGCUGAGAUGGGAGUAUGCAAAUGCUUUGGUGCAUAAUGGAGAUUUAUUAUUGCAUUGAUUGUGUAUAUUGAUCAUUGUAUAUUGUUUUAUGGUGUGUAUUGUGCUGUACACUAAUCUGACCUUCCUUCCUCAGCGUCCCUAUAACCCCAAUCCAAAGUAAACAUAUUUUGCCUCUAACCUGACCUUAACUGUCUCACAUUCCCAGGGGUUAAUGCAAGAAAAAAUUUUGUGCCUGAAAUGUGGAGCACGGAAGAUUUGUGUGCCUGAAAUCUUUUCCGGAGCAGGGGGCUUGGUGUUGCGGUCACAAAAUGAAGAAAUAGAAACGUCAAGUCUCAAAUAUAACUGCAGGGAAAGUGAUGAUUAGGGCCAGAUGCGGAGGAGCCACAUCAGCUUGAGGGCAGUGUUCCAGCAGGUGAAAGGGGCCACAGCAGACAGAGGGGUCGACAUCCCGGCAGACCUCCAGAGAAUUGUUCCUGGAGAAUUGGUGUACGUCAAGGUGUUCAAAAGAAAGUGGGACCAGUCACGAAGGGAAGGUCCAUACAAGGUGAUACUUGCCACACCAACUGCCUUGAAAGUUGAAGGUAAGGACGUUUGGUUCCAUCUUAACCACUGCUGCAGAGCUAACCCACAAGGCCCAUACCCUGGCCUAGAACCAGGCAGAGAGCAGCCUCUUCAGAAAGUGAUCAACCAGAAGGGGAUGGCGACACCUCCCCACAGGAACAGGGGACAAGGAGGUCAGCACGCGUUGCGCGAAGACGCAGGGCAGAGGCAGCCCAGGGUGAUGGCAGCAGUCCAGCCCAGAGUGAGAGCAGCGGGUCACUACAGGAGAGGGUAUCAACAGUGGCAGAGAGCUCAUCAGAGAGGAGCUCCUCAACCGCCAGGACUGACAGCCAAUCUCAAUCCCAUGAGUCACCAUCUGCUAGAGAUAGGGAAGAUCAUGAGAGGACAAGUGCAGAGAGAGAGGUGGCUGCAGAGGCAGAAGGACAGGAGGGAGAGGGAACAGAGGCAGAGAGAGAAGAAGGAGGAGAAGAAAGCCUCAGCUCAGAAUCAGGCGAAAGUAGAGCAGCAGACACAGGUUCAGACUUAGGUUCAGACUCGGGCUCCAACUCAAACUCAAGAGACACAGACACAAGGGGAUCAGAUCCAGGAGAAGGAACAGCCCCCCGGCAAGCGGGAGGGCUUGAAUAGCAGAAAAGGAGGAGCUAAUGUGGGAGUAAUAGGUGUAGUGCUACUAACCCUAUUGCUCAUCCUAAGAGUGAGGCAGAGUGCAGGAGUAGAACUGGGCAAUCAACAUCAGAUGCAGAUGAGUGAGUGCUUGGUGGCCUUAGGAACCAUAGCUGCGAAACAAGGACAGAUACCACAUAGGGAGAUGAUACAACUAAGCUACUACAAAUCACAUGCUUAUGACGACAUCUUGGUGGAGGGUCCAGGAAAUAUUAGGUUGCAUGGUCAAGCUAUAAGUUCACACUGCACUGCAGAGGGAAGGGUGACGGCAGGAGUUGUGUGUGACACGAGAGGCUGCACUGAUACAGACACAGGACACAGUGUAUACACUAAAAUAGCUCAUCAGUGGCUUCAAUUGAAACCACCAUCCCAGAGAAAGCCAAGAGAUGUGGUGGUGCAGAGGGUAGAACUAAUUAGAACCACCACUUGGAAGUAUAACCUUUUUUACCAAUGGCUAGAAUACUCCGCCAAACAGGUAACUAAUAUUACGUGUAUAGCAUGCCAUAGAAGGAAGGGUCUACCAGGGGUCAGACCACUCCCAAACAUAGAUAAGUGCUGGGAACAUAAAACGUGCUUUACUGCCUGUGUUAUGUGGAUGGCAGCGGGACGAACAAGGUGGUCCAACACGACUGCAAUCUGUCCUGGAACCUUUAACAAUGCCACUGAUCAGUUCCAGCAGGAAUUUCACAUGCCCCCAGUAGUACAUUUGGCACCAGAUCUUGUAUUCCCCUUUUGUGUAGCACGAGGAAAUAAUAUAGAACAUUGGUUGGAAAAUGCCACUACAACUAACUCUUCCCAGGAAGCAGAGAGGCUGAUACAGUGCAGAUAUGAGGCUAUCAUAACCACAUCUGGAGGCUCAGUUAACCUCACAGGGGUACAGAAGGUGUGCAACACGACCCUAGAAGCUAAAAUUCAGUGUCACCAGGUGGUAAAUGGUGGGAAUGAAUCAUAUGUGAUGGGACGUCAUUAUAAUGAUACCACCUGGAUUUUGACAUUCAAUUUAACUAAUGGUACAACACCACUGGCAGACAUAUUUUGGAUGUGUGAAGAAGAUUUACAGGUAAAAGUUGUACUGCCAGCAAAUUGGACAGGAAUCUGUACCCCACUAAUGCUAACAGGCCAACUUACAAUGCUGACAGUAAAUGGCAGCUUAAAUAACACUAGCACGCGGACUCAUAGAUCAACUGACACUUCCACGCACUCUUGGCAGGAGGAUGCUAGUGUGUACAUUACAUGGGACCAGGUGCCACAAGGGAUCCCUACAGAAUACCAAGCCAUAUCAGACGGGUGGAUAGGGUCAGGCAGAGCAUUGGGCUCCUGGCCACUCUGGGGAGCUGUAGCCAAUGCUCAGUAUACAGCUCGUAAUAGCCAUUGGGUAAAUUAUUUAUGGUAUAAUCAGCAACGAUUUGUGAAUUGGACGAUAGAAGCCUUACAAGGUGUGAGUGAGCAAUUGCAUGCCACAUCUUUAAUGACAGUGCAGAAUAGGCUCAUUAUCGAGACUAUGCUUGCUGAAGAUCAAGGGGUCUGUGAUGUAAUAGGGGAACAUUGUUGUACUGUCAUUCCUAUGCACACGGGAGAAGAAGGCAAUUUGACCCAUGCCUUACAGAAUAUACGCACCUUAAGGGACCAACAUGUGCAGCACUCUAAUUGGAACACUAGGAUUCCUUCACUUUGGGAUUGGUUAUCAACAUUAUCCCCAGGGAGGAUCUUAUACACAAUUGGAAUGUUAUUGGGACUUGUUGUUUUGGCUCUUUGUGUAAUAGCCUGUUGUAUUCUCCCUUUAGUGCAACUUCUUAUCAAAAAAGCGAUGACAAGCGUCGCAGGACAAUUUAUUAUAAUAGAUCAUGGUUCUCGUCCUGAGACAAUCACAGAAAUAUAUGAAAACAUGAGUGGCCCUGGAGGAAAAGACCUUAAAGAUUUCAACCAAAGCACAGGGCCGAAUGAGGGGAAUCAGUAUGAAAUAAUGAUGCCAAACAAUACACUGGGUCAGGAUGAUCAGAAAUGGGAGUCAGUUGAGGAAGAGUAUGUGGAAAUAGUGUAGGACGCAGAGGUCCUGUCGUCACCAAUCCUACUAACAACUUAGCUACUAAAUUCGCUUGCAUGGCUUAUGUACACAGUUUAAUGCUGAAGGGACAGACACAGCACUAACAGGAAAGGGAUAGCAUACUAAAAGUGUCCUCUACAAACUUUUGAGAUAGAUAUAAACCAUGGCUGAGCCUUGGAGAACCCCACAUCCAUACCAGCAGGACCCAGAGGACCAGCCAGUGUUCCAGUAUCAACAGCAGGUACCAGGCAUGAUGGGACCUCCUCGUCCUCCUCCACCACCAUACCCCGUGGGCAGUCGCCAGGUGUCCUCUUGCAACCCCAAUGAAGAUGUCCAGAUGGGCGGACGACGCAGCUCCAAUCCCUACCCAAUGACGCCAGCGCAGGUCUACGCUGCAGUUUUGUGCAGUCCACCACCAGCACACACCUUUCAUUCACUGCUGUCACCGCCAACUGUCCCCAGCCAUGAUGACAACUCCCUAGAAAUUUCCCAUCCAGCAAUAGACACCUCCACCAGGGGAGGUCAGGCCCCAGUUGACCCCAUCCCAGAAAACCCCACUCCACAAUAUCCCCCGUUCCAGAAUGUAAAGAGAGACAUGGAAGAUCAAGGGCCUACCACCUCACGAGCUGGCACUGAAAAGGUUCAGACACCCACCUCCCCACAAGUGCCAUGCCAGAGUGGAGGUUUUCCUUGGCAGCACUGUGUGCGUGAUGACACCUCAUCAGCAACGGAUGAUGAUGCUGAGUCACUGAGUUACUCACCUACUACUCCUGAACCCCCUCCUGUACCAGCCAAACAACCAAGGAAUGCAAGGGGCAGACCAAUAGGCCCCGCUCCAGUACAACCCCUGCAGACCUACACACGUCAAAGGCUGCAGAAUGAAUAUGGAAUAGUCCCUGAAUUUAUUGAAGCCAAUUUAUGGCUGUUGCCUGAGGGAAAGGCCAAAACCAAACAGGAUCGUAAAAUAGAAAACACACUGCGUUCACAGCUUCACUCUGUUGCCCAAGGACCUUACCGCAUGCUGGUACGCAGUCUCCUCCUCCCCCUGUGUGAGAAAGUGCGCAAAAUCUGCCGUGAUAUUUAUGCAGUCAGAAAGGGUGAGAAUCAUGCGCUGAGCCGACAACAUCACCAACGCGCCACCAGCGAGCUGCUGCAGUUGCGCACCCAACUCAAAGAAAUGACUGAGUUCAGAGACACUCUCCUGACCGAGAUCUCUGUGCUGAGAGGGCAGCUGGCGACCCAGCAAUUUCUAAGCCAUAAGAACUGAGAAGGACAUGACAAAGUGACGAUGAAACAUAUGUAUGAUGAUGUCAUAAUGCUUAUUGACAUGUGAUUUGGGUACAAAUCAAUGAGCUGUGAUGUAUGCCUACUCCUUAAUACGUUGUAUGUUAGUCAUUAAUGAAGAGAUGUGUGACAAAAUGAUGAUUGAUGAAAUCUGAUUUCUGAGUUAGAGCUAUUGUUAAUCACUAGAAAAUGAUUCAUGUGUGGUAAUAGUUAAUCUUAAUUAAGUGUUAUGGGACUGUGAAGUCCCAAAGGGGGGAAUAUAUAUUUUUCCCUCCCCUUCUUGAUUCAAAUAGUUAUGGGACUGUGUAGCCCCAAAGGGGGGAAUGUAGUGUAAAAGUUUGUGCUCAAUGAAUCAAGUAACAAGGUUAAGAUACAUAAGUUGAUUGCGGAACAAAGGGGCUAUAUAAUCAUGUAUAAGACAUUAUAAAAGCUUUGAACCUGCAUUAGAUAUUGUCAAGGUACACAUAACACUAGACUGUGUAAUGUUGUAUGCAUAUUGAAAGAACACAGCAUGUCUUGUUUAAUGAUGAAACACAUACUCAACUGCUGUAACUCACACACACACACUCACAUAUUGUACUCUUAAGGUUUUAUCUUGCACGAAACUAGGAGCACUGUGGACUGCGUAGAAAGUCCCCAGAAUUCACAUAUUUUUUUAAAAAUAGAGUGAAAAUGGAACCAGAUCUAAGGGAAGGAAAUUUGGGAAAUUCCAGGCUGCAUUACACCAUUAAAAAUGGGCCCAAUCAGAAUUGGACACAAAGAAAAGUUCUCCACCAAUAGAAUUGGUCCUGGGUGGGAAGGAUUAGCAAAAAGAGGUGGAGACUCAUUUGAAUCUCCACCAGCAUAUAAGCUAGGGCUCCGAAAACAGAUUUUUAGUCACGCUCCGGGGUUUGACUCACGAAGUUGUAUGUGUUAAAGCCUGUUGACACAUUAAACUUGAUUGCAUCGGACUUUGCUUGUUUCCAGUGAUUCUUUAAGUGUUUGCAGCUGAGCCUAAGAGAUCAAAUUGACAUUUGAAGACGACUAGCAAGAGACAAGAAGUUCAAGGUCGGGAGCCUACAGGCCCACUUCCAGGCACCGAAUCUUUGACACUUCACUUCCUCAUCUGCCUUUCAAGCCUCCGACAAAACUCCUCCACUUCACUGUGGUUUCCCUUUUCUGGAUUGUUAUGUGCACCUUAAAAAGAGGGUGCCUAAUUAGUCAAAGUUAAUAUUUUUCAACCGUUUUACACACAUAAACAAGGCCAAAACCUAA